AUGUCGGAAGAAGUGGACUUACUUAAUGACAGAUGGGAUCCGGAGGGAAGUGCUUCCAGAUUCUGUACGAAAAAUAAUUUUGAAUCCCACCAGGGAGAGCAGGAUGGCCAGAAGCAUCAAGACAACCACGAGCAAAAAUACCCAUUGAGUGACGGAAAUGAUAAUAUUAUGGUUUCUUCCUAUUCUGAUCAGCCGUCUGAUGACACCAAAUCGCCAGACGACCAUGGAGAAACAAAUCGCAAUGUGUUUCAGACAGAAAUUCCAAAUGACGUUUCUCGCCCAUCUUCUGUGAUUUCUACCGUGAAUGCUGCUAAUAUGACUACCUCCAAGCCUGCACUGAUGCCUAUUAGCAGAGAAUCAGUGAAGAUAGAAGAAUUUGAUGAUGGCCAAGCAAAGGAAGAACUGACACAAAGCUCUGAGUCUUUCAAAGAGCAACUAACGGAAGACGGUGAGCAUAUUGAAAUACAUGUAGAAGAAGAGGAGUUGAGCAAGGACCCUAGCACAGACGGCGCCCAGGACGAUGACAGCGGAUGGGACACUGAUCUGGAGAUGGAAGAUGAAAAGAGCAUGUAUGAUGUAUCCGGCCGGUAUGUCUACCUAGAAACGUGUAAGGAGCUGGGCGUGGUUCCAGUGUCAUACUUCAUGAGGCACAUGCACGAGCCGGACAUGGUUAUGAAGCACCACGGUCUCGGGGAGGCAGGGGCCAAGGCGAUGGCAGUGCCUCUAGUGACUAAUACUUCCAUCGUUGUUUUGGAUCUGGAGGAUAAUUCUCUUGGUCCGCCCGGUGCUAAAUGUUUGGCAGACAUGCUGAAAGAAAAUUGUUACAUCAGCGAAUUGGGACUUGGGUUCAACCACAUAGGCAGUGAAGGUCUCGGUGCAAUAGCUAGUAUGCUCAAAACGAACGUCAAUAUCAGAAAGCUGAACCUUGCCGGAAAUGAUCUAAAAGACAAAGACGCAGAUGUUUUAGCGAAUAUUUUGAUGGAAAACGAUCUAAUACGAUAUUUAGACCUCAGUCACAAUGAACUGUGCGAAGAAGCGGGAGAAUUGAUAGGCCCUGUCAUAAGUGAAAAUGAAGCGUUGGAAAGCUUAGACCUCAGCUGGAACCAUUUACGGCGCCGAGGAGCAGAGAGCAUAUGUGAAGGUGUACAGAACAAUAUGCGACUAAAAACCCUGGAUCUGUCCUGGAAUGGCUUUGGUAAUGAAGGCGCCGUUGCCAUGGCGUCAGCUCUCAAAUUCAACAGCACGCUAACUGAGCUAAACCUCAGUGACAACCGUAUCACAGCGGAAGGCGCGUUUAUGCUUGGGAAAGGACUGGACGCCAAUGAAUCUUUAAAAAUCCUCAGGGUUGGUAACAAUCCUAUUGGAACAGCUGGUGCUUUUGCUCUACUCAAGGCCAUCAACAACGAAAGGAGUGUCCUGACACUGCUGGAUUUAUCGGGAGUUUUUGUCGAUAAAGAAUUCGACGCUUUGGAGAAAGAAAUGAUUGAAAACCGAGGCUUGACCGUCAUCCAUGCAGGGGUAAUUGGGAAUUAUGUCAUCACAGGAAAAUAUGCCAAAAAAGCAGGUGCCGAUGACUUGACCAAGGAUCCCGUCUUUUUGUUACGACAACACUGCGAGAAAAAAGACAUCCGCAUGGUUGACUUAUUCAGAAACUUUGAUAAGAACGGAGACUAUAAAGUUACGAAAGAGGAAUUCAAGAAAGGAAUAAAGGUUGCUGGGAUCAAUUUAGACGACCAACAAAUACUUGAUCUAGUGGAAAGAUUAGACAAAUGCCCAGACGGCAGAAUCGACUAUUCGGAAAUAUGUGCGUCAGAGAGGGAUCACAUUGAAGAGAAGAGAAAGAUUCAGAACGCACGAAAAGAAAAGACCAAGAAGUCGAAAAAAUCAUCCAAGAAACGAAAAUAACUACAUCGAAUCCCUUGUUUCUUUAUAAAAUCUAGAUACCCUGAGUAUUACUAUAUAAUGCUUUUGUAUAUGAUUUAUUAAGAUCCUCAAUCAAUUGUGUACUUCUGCUUUCCCGUCUUGCCUAACCAUGAGAUUGCGCUUUGUGCGCCAGUUGCCAUAUCUUACCCUUAAUUUCUGAGGCAACUGGAAACUCACCGUGA